CGCCAGUUAGGCGAGCGUCAGAAUCGCGCGAAUUUCCGCGAGCGAUUCGCCGCUUCGACGCGUCGGAACGCGGUCGAAAAGUACUACGAUUGCCUGCAAUGCGCGGAGCAGUGUCGUCACGUGACCAACGUGGUCCCGAUCAGCAGCAACAACAACAACGCUACCAGCACCAACAACAACAUGAAGCUGGUGAAAAGCACCAAGAACAACCUACUGGCAAAGAGCGGCAUGAACAAUUACCAGGUGACCAAUCCCAUCGGUUCUUCGUCACUGAAGGAGAACACCCGGACCUUGGCUCGUCUGGACGAGAGCAGACCCCUGAAGAACCUCAAAAGCACCAACCUGGCCAGGUCCUUGAAGAACCAACCGCUGCCUUUGACCCCGGCGAAGAAGAGGUCCUCGUUAGCUCGUCCGGUUCGCGUCUACGACUCGUUCUCGCAGCCCAGGAAGCUGAUGCCCGCCAACUACGCCUUCCAGAACCUUCAGAAGACCACCAACGAGUCGACGUACGAGGAGGACGAGCACGAGGAGACCGGCUGGCCUAUACGGCUGAGGCUCGAGCAGAUGCUCGAGCUGACUCUGCCGCAGACCAAGAAGAAGAGGAAGAAGAAGACGUCGAUGAUGCUGAUGAAGCAGCAACAGUCGAACAGGCACGCGUGCAAGGACACGGAGAGGCUGUUGCGCGUCCUCAGCGUGAACAAUGUGGACCAAGAUAAUAGGUACAACGUCACACGGUGUUCUGUCAUGUAGAGACUCACCUAGACCAGCUGGAGACUGGUGCUCGGUGGAGGUGGGCGUGAGAAGCAAGCUUCGAAUCGCUUUAGGUAUGCCUGGCUAGUUGGGGAGUUGCAGGUUCUAUGGAGAGCACGUAGUUAGGAAUUUUGUAUGGUGUGGACCAGGUCCUGUAACUUUAUUGGAGCCCUCUAUAGGGUAGGUGGUAUCCUGGAGAUGCAAUGAGUACUAUGCCCUGUACGCUACACUAGGACCUGGCUCCUAGACACUACACUGUGCACUCCACAACCUGGUCCUAGACACUGGUCCUACUGGUGUAGACUACACUCUACACAGCCACUGUACACUAUAGGUGCCACCUGCUGUACCCCACAGCCUACAGUUUGAGUCCCACACUCCACAUCCUACGCCCUGGGUCCCACACGCCCUAGUCCAAACCCCACGAGUUGAGACCCACAGGUUAUACUCUGCACUCCACAUCCUAUGCUUUGGGUCCCACACGCUCUAGUCCAAAUCCCACGCCCUGAAACCCACAGGCUAUACUCUGCACCCCAUAUCCCAUGUCCUGGGUCCCAUAUGCUCCACUCCAAAUCCUAGAUAUUGUGGUCCUAGUCUACUGGUGUAGACUACACUCUAUACAACCACUGUACACUAUAGGUGCCACCUGCUGUACCCCAUAGCCUACAGUUUGAAUCCCACACUCCACAUCCUACGCCCUGGGUCCCACACGCUCUAAUCCAAAUCUCACGUCCUGAAACCCACCCUAUACUCUGCACCCCAUAUCCCAUGUCCUGGGUCCCACAUGCUCCAAAUCCUACAUAUUGUGGCCCACACUCUACCCCCACAUCCUAGAUCCCAUCCACACCACGGAGGACCAACCCGUUGUACACCCAGAUUCCUAUCGAGUUACACCUAUGAACAAUGGCGCUGCAAGUCUUUCAAGUGGCUCAUAUGUAGGUAACUAACAAGGUUAAAUGAACGAACAUAAGGAACAUCUAAACUGACCAAAACCUGCCCACCCCACGAGCACCGCUUCGCAAUCGAGACCGUUCGAUUUCGAAGGAUUUCCAUUUGGAAGCCGCACAAACGCGUGUUUCCCAUAAGAAAGUUCUUUGUUCAGUGUGACUCGAGUGUUAGUACUUUUCAAUCGCUUGUUGAGUUUGAUAAAGUCGUCCUCCCGGCGACGGGUGAUCGGUGUUUAUAUGGUUUUUAAGAUAGACACAGUUUAAGGGAAUCGAGACCGGGAAUGUACAUCGCAGUUCAAUGAUAUCCGAAAAUGACAGCGCGUUCUAUUUCGUCCACUUGUGAACUGUAUUCGUUUUUAAAAAAGUAUUUCAGAUUUCUAUUCGUAUUUUCUGAAAAAUUAGUUCAGACGCUGUAGUCGCUCUAGAGCCCCAAUCGCAGGGAAAUAUCGGGAUUUUACAGUAAAUAUUUAUUUGUGCAUUUAUUUAUCAUUGUUUCUUCGCUAACUCAUUCAUCGUUCUUUAUUUAAUCCAAACUGGGAUUAUUUAUUUUACUUAUAAUUGUUUAAAUCGAAAUGUUCGGAUAUCAUUCAUAAUCGAUGAGAAAAAUUCGGUUAAACAAAAAUGUGAGGACUAUAGAUCCAAUAGAGGUACUCUUUCGUUAGCUGAUCGUGAAAUAUUACGAAUUUCAUCUCCCCUUUGGCAGAAAACAUUGCAACCUUUUUUUCGUCCACAAAAUUGAUUUUCAUUCGAAAUUUAUUUUGCGAUGUUUUUUGCGGUAUGAAAGGUCGAAUUAAAUAUCGUGAAUCGAAGAUUUUAAGGCUAUACUUGCAUCUUGCAUUCCGUCCCCGAAAGUCGAAGUUUGAACUUAUGAAACUCGUGUGCACUUCAUUUACUCUCCGCUCGCAUGAACACCAUAAAUUUCAUCCGUCUUUCGUUUCAACUGAAGAGGUUUGUCCUGUUGCUGCAAAUUGUUCAAUUAUUUCGCUACGAAGGGAAUGGAAACGAUAAGAGUAUGUUGAUGAUUUAGAAAUUGUACGAAUAAAUGUUAUCGACUGUUGGAAAUCGAAUUGUUGUAAGAAAUAUCGGAUGCCAUUAUUAAAUUUUAGAAACUUGUUUAUCAUUUGACUCCAAAAUAUAUUCUUCUUAAAAUUGUAUUUGUUAUUUCUUACAACGAUUGUUCCAGAAUGGUUCUAUUUCAUAAUGCAAUAUUUUAUCUCAGUGUUGACCAAUCGCGAGAUUUGCAUUUACUUGGUAUGCAUUUACGAGUACUGGACACCUUUGAAGGUAUGUAAUAUUUCUUUUAAAUAAAACAAAAUUGGGACAACGAUUGCCACAAAAAAUUAACCGAGUCUCUGAGAAAGUAAUUCUGCAACAUACGAGAUUUACGUUGAAAUUUAUUGCAUGCCUUCAAAAAUGUUGUACACCUGCAUCCUCGAACCAGAAAAGUAUAUCAAUGUUGAAGAUCUUCAUUCCAGUGUCUUAAAGAGAAGGAAGGUUUAUCUAGAGAAAAGAUUAUUAAAUUUUUCUUGAAUCGGUUGAGAAUAGUAAUUUGCGAAAGUAUAUCUUCCUUAAAGAUAGAAGUCGACAGAUUUUCUUGUCGCUUCUUCUGUCAGUAUGACACUCAAAUGUUGCAUUUCUACAGUCUAAUAAUUUUCAAAGCACCGAAAAGCAUUUGAGGGAAAACGUUCCACACAGUAUUCACGAAUAGAGGAAGAAUCGCAUCAGAAAGCUCCAUCUACUUAUUUUUUCACUGUCCGACGUGAAGUCGCCUCGCGAUAGGCUGAUAUUACUCACUGAUAUGCUUUUUGUCGACAUUAAUCUCAUCGAGUGUAUCCUGUUCCUGCUUAGAAUCCUUGGAUCGUCCACGAUCGCGUCGAACUCGUUCGGGAAACUCGGAAAAUCACCUUUCACUUUAUUAUCCAUUCAAGUCCUGGAAAUCGAUUUUUCUUUUGUCUAUUUUCCCUUGAGAAUACCGAUUUUUCCAUUUCCCCAUUCUUUUCCUGCAGAUUUCACGUCGAUUUUCCUGGGAAUUUUAUGUUGUCGCAAUUCGAAUUGCAAUUUUCCAGGAAAUCUAUGGGGAAAACUUUUUAUUUUCCACUUUUUCAUUUUCCCUUUUUCUUUUUUAUUGUUAAAAUUGCCCGGAAAACCGAAUUUUCCUGAGAAAAUCAGUUUGAAAAAUUAUUUCCACCCUGAGGGGGAUUUGAACUGACGCCCCCGCGGUGUUGAGACUAGUACGCUACCCACUCCGCCAACGCCACAUUACGUAACCUUUGUGUUUUUAAUUUAUUUACUUCACAUCUAAUACCCUGUCACUCUUGUAAUUUACGCGAAAGUAAACACGAAAACUGGUUAAAAUAAACUGACCAAUAACGAAAGUUGAAAAGUUUACGAGUUUCACGAACGAGUUGCUAUGAACACUUCAUGGGAAUCAUGAUAGACUAGGAUUAAGUAUCAGGGAUAACUAUUGUGUUAUUGUACGUUGUAACGCUGCAUAUAUUAUAUUUCAUUAAUAUUAUACGCCACGAUGUAACGAGUGCCCUACUCCUGUUAAACAAAAAAAAAGAAACUGUAUAUCGAAUUAUUAAUUGUACCACUAGUGUGUAAGCUAUUUCCAACUACCAUGCCCAGUAUUUUCUAAGUAUUACGACUAACGCGGCAAGGAUACGUUCGUGUUGUAAACCACUUCCGGUCCGCCAUUUCACCGAACAAUAUUCCCUCUUCUUUGCAAAUUUCUAAUUAACGAAAUCUACUGCCAAGAAGAUACCAUAAAUAUUAUAUAAAAAACAAUACCUAAAAUUGACCAAUGAAAUCUUAACUCAAAUCUCGAAUUUUCUACGAUGGAGCGUCCUCUCUCUAUAUUGCCAUUUUUGCUAGGGAAGUCAACCGUGCUGUACAUUCGGGUGUCAUAGAGAUUUUAUUUUAGUUUCUACACAAUAUAAGGGAAUCUAGGUUGAAUUCUUGCUGAAAUUCCCCUAGAAGAAAUCUCCCUAAUGUCUCUAGAUGUUCCAUAAGGUUUAUAAGCUUCCCAGGACUCCUUUUGCAGACAUCUAACUUUUCAGAGCUAUUUUGAAAUUUUUCUAGAAGUCCCUAGAUUUCUUACAGCUUUUAUAAAAUCGCUAGAGUCCCUAGAAUUCUCUCUGUACUUUUGAGUUUUCUACACUUUCCAAAGAUCUAUAUACUUCACCGAAACUUUUCUUAAUACUUUUAAAAAGUCCCUAGACAUUCCCUAGUCCUAAAAAAUUUUCUAAGAUCAUUCUUUCGGGAUUCUCAAACAUUUCAAAUGUCCCCAAACUGACUCGAUUCUCCACACCUUUCUAAGGGUCCCCAGACUUCAUAAAGUCCCCAGAAUCGAGGUGACGGACCAGUUUGAUUCCGUAAAAUGGCGGGCCGGCAAGCGGCAGAAAAGAUGACGCGAAUCUCGGUAAACUCGAAGCAUCGUGAGUUCGAAAGAGAACAGAAUGUACAAGAGAUUUCAGGAACAGUUUCGUUAAGCUAUACGGUAUGCCAGUGGCUAUGGUUUUAGCUGUGUCUCGUGUGCCAUAACACCUAACGUUUGAUAUGUCUAACGAGUCUAGUCCGUUUACAAGGAAACCUUUCGUACACACCCGAGCAAAUGUGUUUAUCUGAAUUCAUAGACUGCACGAAAUAUAUAUUAUCUAUACAUACUUGGCAGGUUCAUUUACCCGUGUCCCAUAUUCCAUACUCGCGAAUCUAUGACGUCCUCUCUUAACAUAACUACAAAAUAUUUUAGAUUACACGGUUUAAUUAUUUAUUCUGACUGGCUGUUUUUAUCAUCAAAAGAAAUGUUAGAUCCGAAGAAUUUGAAAAAUAACGUUUAUUCUUGAUACAACGCUCGCGAUACACCCUCGGUCGAUCGAUAAAGCACUUGACCUGUCGGGAAUAUAAAAAAUUCGAUACAAGUACACAUAAAAGCUAAUCGA